AUGGCGUCGUCCCUGGCGCGCUGCGCCAACCCAGAAGGCUGGGGCCCAGUCUCGCCCGUCCGCACGUUUGAUCUCACCCCCUGCUUCGAAGAAGGCAUCGUCCUCUCCACGGUCCUCGUUCUCUUUUUGGUCGCGGCUGCACCAAGAUGUUGGGUUCUGAGCAGCGACGCUGUGCGGACCCGCAGUCGCAAAAGCGUUUGGGUGCUGAGAAUCAAAUUGAUCCUUCUGUCUCUCGCAUGUGCCGCGAGCUGCACGAACUUCAUUCUCGUGCUUGCCACGCGCAGGCCCGUCGCCGUGAUUCAGUCCUAUGUGCUUGAAGCAUUGGCGCUUCUUGUCACGCCGAUUUUGACUUUGUUGAGCCACUACCGCACUCGCUCGUCCUCCAAUCUAUUGCUCCUCUUCUGGCCGCUAUAUGCGUUUGGACUGGUCGCCUGGGGUCGCACCGUCCUCUCACUCGCGUACAAUGCUUUUGUACCAGUUCUUGCGCUGAGAUGUGCCGUUGCAGUACUUGGUCUACUUGCCUUCGGCUUGGAGUGCCUUGGCCCCGAGUUCACGCCCGAGGACCGUCCCGCCAGCCCUGAAAAGGGACAGGUUGAGAAUCCACUGCUCACCGCCAAUCUUUUCAGCAUAUGGACGUUCUCCUGGAUGUCUGGACUCAUGAAGAAGGGUGCGUCGACUUUCAUCACCGAAGACGACCUUCCCUCCCUCGUGCCUGAGGAUGAGUCUGCAAGCCUUGGGCGACGGCUUCAGAAGGCCUUGAAGAAGCACAAAUCGCUCUCUGUAUCACUGUUCGCUGCGUACGGCGGUUCAUACGCCUUCGCUGCCCUCCUCAAGAUUACCCAGGACUGCCUCUCAUUCCUCCAACCGCAGCUCCUUCGCUGGCUGCUCGCAUACAUCUCCGAGUACCAGACCGCCCGCUCUCAUGGCACUGCCACGCCGAGCCCCUUCGAGGGCUUCGCUAUUGCCGUCAUCAUGUUCGCAGCGUCCGUCGCGCAGACGAUCAUCCUGCACCAGUACUUCCAACGCUGUUUUGAGACAGGCAUGCGCGUGCGUGCUGGCCUAGUCACGGCUAUUUACCAAAAGGCACUUGUACUAUCGAACGACGGCCGCGGGCGCGCGUCCGGUGACAUUGUCAACCUGAUGUCUGUCGAUGCGACGCGUCUCCAGGAUUUAUGCACGUACGGCCUCAUUGCCAUCUCAGGGCCAUUCCAGAUCACCCUCGCGUUCGUAUCUUUGUACAACAUCCUCGGGUGGUCUGCAUUUGUCGGUGUGGCGAUCAUGAUCGUCUCGAUCCCGUUGAACACGUACAUCGCACGCUUUCUCAAGAGACUGCAGGAGCAGCAGAUGAAGAAUCGGGACAAGCGGACGCGGCUUAUGAGCGAACUACUUGCUAACAUCAGGAGGCAAGCGUCUCUGACUAUGCUGAGGCGGAGUCUGUCUAACACUUUCUCCAGUAUCAAGCUAUAUGCGUGGGAGAACGCGUUUAUUCGCUGGAUCUUGGCAGUGCGCAAUGAACAGGAGUUGAAGAUGUUGCGUAAGAUCGGUAUUGUGACGUCCCUCAACUCUUCUCUUUGGACGGGCAUCCCACUCUUGGUCGCGUUCAGCUCGUUUGCUGUAGCAUCCGCGACAUCUGAGACGCCGCUCACAUCUGAUAGGAUCUUCCCGUCCAUCUCGCUGUUCAUGCUACUUAACUUCCCACUGGCCAUGUUCAGUCAAGUAACAUCCAACAUUAUUGAGGCCAUGGUGUCUGUCAAGCGGUUGUCGGAGUUCCUCGCUGCGGAUGAGCUGCAACCUGACGCGCGCCAGACAAUCAAGGGCAACAAGCUGGAGAUAGGAGAUGAGGUUGUGACUAUCCGCGGUGGCGAGUUCUUCUGGAAUAAGGAUGCGGCGACGCCCACGCUGGAAGACGUCAACUUGACGGUGCGGAAGGGGGAGCUUGUCGGUGUGCUUGGACGUGUUGGGGCUGGCAAGACUAGUCUCCUGUCGGCGAUCAUUGGAGAGAUGCUGCGCACGGAAGGCGAGGUGAAAGUGUCGGGCUGUAUGUCGUACGCUCCCCAGAACCCUUGGUGCGUUGGCGCCACCAUUAGAGACAAUAUCCUGUUCUCGCACGUCUACGAAGAGGAGUUCUACAACCUGGUUAUAGACGCAUGUGCGCUUCGUCAAGAUUUGGCAUUGUUGCCAGACGGCGAUCUGACCGAGGUUGGAGAGAAAGGCAUCACUCUAAGCGGUGGACAGCGCGCUCGAGUGGCGCUCGCGCGCGCAGUGUAUGCUAGAGCUGACAUUGUAAUCCUGGAUGAUGUACUUGCUGCAGUAGAUUCUCAUGUCGCUCGCCAUGUCUUUGACCAUGUGAUCGGCCCCCAAGGCCUCCUUGCAACAAAGGCUCGGAUUGUUGUCACAAACAGCAUACACUUCUUGAAGCAAUUCGAUGAAAUCGUCUACAUACGACGAGGCAUCAUUCUCGAAAACGGGUCCUACAAUGAACUAGAGAACGACCCCGAAAGCGAAUUGCACAAGUUGAUAAAAGGACAUGGUACUCUGUCUGCAUCUGGUGUGUCAACCCCCUUCAUUGGUGACACGACGACACCGUCAUCGGCUGGCGAGACUAUGGUGGAGUCCUCCCGUGACCUCAUCGAAGACAAACUGCAGAGUGUCGAUGAUAAGCUCAAGCGACGAACGAGCUUCAGAAAGCCCGACCUGGUGGACAACCUGCCCACACGCUCAGUGUCGGAUGGGCCUACCAAGGAGCACACCGAACAGGGUCGUGUGAAGAUCGAUGUCUACCUGCAGUACAUCAAGGCGGCUUCGAAGACGGGUUUCAUGGUUUUCGUCCUCUCUACCAUACUACAACAGCUCACCUCUGUUGCUGGCAACAACACCCUCCGGGCGUGGGGAGAGCACAACUUGAGCGCCGGAUCGAACCAUGACGCAUUCAAGUACCUGCUUGUCUACGGCCUUUUCUCUUUGUCUUCGACUUUGUGCGGCAUGUUAGCUGCCAUCUUGAUAUGGGUACUGUGCUCCAUUCGUAGCUCGAGGCUUCUCCACGACUCGAUGCUUCAUGCCGUGAUGCGUGCGCCUCUAAGUUUCUUCGAGCUCACUCCCACCGGACGUAUCUUGAACUUGUUCUCGCGCGAUACAUACGUCGUCGAUCAGAUCAUUGCUCGAGUAAUGCAAAACACGAUAAGGACGCUGUGCGUGACUGCUAUGAUCCUAUUCGUCAUUGGCUACAGCUUCCCGCUCUUCCUUGUCGCUGUCCCUCCGCUGACAUGGUUCUAUAUGCGGGUCAUGAUCUAUUAUCUCUCCACGUCCCGCGAACUGAAGCGUCUCGAUGCGGUGUCACGUUCGCCGAUAUUUGCUUGGUUCUCCGAGUCGCUCAAUGGACUGUCCACGAUCCGGGCCUUCGAUCAGCAACACGUUUUCAUCGCAAAUAAUGAAAGGCGUGUGGAUCGCAGUCAAAUAUGUUAUCUUCCAAGCAUUUCGGUUAACCGUUGGCUUGCGGUCCGACUUGAAUUCGUCGGGGCGACUAUCAUCUUCCUCGCUGCCACAUUAGCCAUCGUAGCACUCAUCACAAGCGGUGUUGAUGCUGGUCUUGUCGGCUUUGUCCUGUCGUAUGCGCUGAACACCACUGGAUCCUUGAAUUGGCUCGUGCGCUCAGCAAGCGAAGUUGAACAAAACAUUGUCAGCGUAGAACGGAUCCUGCACUAUAUCCAGUUGCCCCCCGAGGCUCCUGCAGAAAUUGCUGAUGCUGUUCCUCAGGAAUGGCCAUCACAGGGGAGCAUUGAGUUCAAGGAAUAUUGCGCUCGUUAUCGUCCGGAGCUUGACCUUGCGCUACGAGACAUCACAAUCAAAAUUAACCACAGAGAAAAGAUUGGUAUCUGUGGCCGGACUGGGUCUGGGAAGUCUACGCUGCUAUUGUCAUUAUUCCGAAUUAUCGAACCUGCGUCUGGAACCAUCUGUAUUGAUGGCGUCGAUAUCACGAAGGUCGGCCUGCAUGAUUUACGCUCCUCGAUCUCCAUUGUGCCACAGAGUCCGGACUUGUUUGAAGGUACCAUUCGCGAGAACAUCGAUCCGACAGGCGAACAUCAAGAUGCAGAUAUUUGGACAGCCCUCGGCCAAGCACACUUGAGGUCGUUCGUCGAGUCGUUCUCUGAGGGUCUCGACGCGCCCGUCAAAGAGGGUGGUUCAUCGAUGUCGGCUGGCCAGCGACAACUGCUUUGUUUUGCACGAGCACUGCUACGUAAAUCGAAAGUUCUCGUUUUGGACGAAGCUACAUCAGCUGUCGAUCUCGACACAGACAAAGCCAUUCAGGAUAUCAUUCGUGGUCCUUUAUUUGCCGAUGUGACCAUGCUGACCAUUGCACAUCGUAUCAACACAAUCAUGGAGUCCGACCGCGUCUUAGUCCUCAAUGCAGGAGAGGUCGUCGAGUUCGACACGCCACAAAAUCUGCUAACCAACAAGCAGUCUUCAUUCUACUCAUUGGCCGCUGAAGCAGGUCUCGCUUAACCUGAAAAGUCAAACACAUUGAGUCGACUUCUGCAGAGUCCGGGAAUGAGAAUGGACCACUACCACUGUGUAUCGCAUGGGCAGCAAAACAUGACUUUCGCACGCUGAUUGGACGCAUGUAGAGUUGUAUCCUAUAGCAUGUUCCUGCGUUUCGCUUCUCUAGGAUUCUUACCAUAAUUAUCGCUGCA